CUUGGUGAUAUGCCCUGGCAUCAGUCAGAGGUACUGGGGAACCCAAGUAUGUCUGUACAGGUGUCAUCUUACAUGUGUGCCUUACAGUGCUGCAAGAUAUGUGUCCAAGCUGGUGAGGUUACCAUCAGUGCACACACAAUCUCAUCAGAGAUACUCUCACAACUCUAUCAUUUCAACCAUCUACCUGACAAUUGGACCAUCCAUCCAUACCAGCCU